AUGCUGCGGAGGACCGUUGAAAUCCAAGUGAUGGAAGGGCGGUGUCGGUUCCUAUUUUCCACAUGUUUUCCGGCAUUGAAAGAAAUACAUCCAAGUUUUGUGUGCCUGCAAGGUCCAACCAAGCACUGUUUGUCAUUGGUUGGACAGCUGGCAUCACUUUCAGCCAUCGAACAUUCUCAAGGGUGUUUGUCCAUGUAUGCAGCUCCACGCAAAGAUGCCAGAGCACCGCAGGUGUUGCUCAUUUUUCUCCCCUUGCACUGCACUCCGCAGUCAGUCCAGGAAUCCAUGUUGAAUACCCCGGCCUUUUGUUCAGAGGAAGCUACAGGCGCAGAACAAGCCAAAGACGGGUGA